AUUUUGAAAUCUCUAAUUGAAAUCACAAUAAUAAAUAUACUAUGAUGGAUAAUUGUGUGGUUUGUUUGUCAACAAAUGACGAUAGAUAUUCCCGGAUUAAUUCUCAAUCUAUUGAGUGGCAAAAAUGUAGAAUCCAUUGUAUUAUUAAAAAACAUUUGUGGUGGUGGUAUAUGAAACAAUCACCAGCCGAUGGCUCAUCAUGGAUUUGUUGUAAAUGCUGGCAAGAGCUGUCUAACUUUCAUGCAUUUUAUCUGAAGGUAAAAAACGUACACAAACAAUAUGAUCUACUAAAGUGGCCGCAGCUUAAAGGUGGUACUAAGGAUAAUAUUGAAUAUGUCGCUAACACAAUGUUUUUGUAUCCAGUAAAAGAAGAAUUUAAGAUAAUUGAUAACACCCUAGAAACAACACUAAAAGAAGACUUGGUGUCUUUGGACAUGUUUAAGAAAAAUAAUCCAAAUAACAAUUCAGCAGUAAUUAGUGAAAGUAUAGAAAUAAAUGAACUGCCUGCAUUACAAUCUGUUAAAGAUGAACAUUUACUGGGAAAUAGUGAUGAUGAUGAAAUAAGCAAUAGUGUGAGUAAUGAUUCGUGUGGUAAUAAUUGGGAUGUCAAUAUUGAUAGCAAUGAAACAACUACAACGAAGAAGCAAAAAGAAACAAUUAAAAAACAUCAACUUAAGUCUCAAAGGAUUUCACACAAAAUCCCUAAAAAACAACUAUCUCCAACUAAGAAUAUCGAUUCCCGGGCAAAAUUAGAAAUAACACGAAUGAAUGAUGAAUACUUAGCACAAAGUAAGUAUAAACUUUUUUGUCAUCUUUGCAAUAUACCCCUAAAAGAUUUCCUAAAACUGAAAACCCACUAUCGCCUUGAACAUCAAACUCUCGGCUAUGCACUGUGUUGUAAUAAAAAAUUUUACAAUCGUGGACCACUGGCCGAUCAUUUGCGAGUCCAUGAAAAUCCAAAUUAUUUUAAAUGUACAAUUUGCCAACGUAUUUUGGCGCAUCGCUUGAGCUACGAAAAUCAUCUUGAAUUUCAUAAACAGGCGAACAAGACGCGUGAAAGAAUCUUUCGGUGUGAGAAAUGUGAUAAAUCAUUUUUUAAAAAAGCAGUCUACGAUCGUCACAUACUGUCACAUGUUCCCGAAGAGGAUCGGAAAUUUCAAUGCGAUGAAUGUGAUAAGAAAUUUGCAGCCGAAUAUUUGGUGAACCAGCACAAAGCUUUCGCUCAUCUAAAUAAAUACGGAAAAAUAUGCGAUAUUUGUGGUAAAACAUUUCGUGAACGUUUCUCUUUCACACGCCAUAUGGCUGAACAUAAUGGUAAACCGCUUGAAAAAGUCCCAUGUGAUAUUUGCGGAGUCGAAUUGACCAGUAAAUAUCUAUUGAAUCGUCACAAGAAAAAAAUGCACACAGAAGAAAAUCAACAAGAGCAAAGAUGUCCCUACUGUUCCAAGGUAUCACCAAAUAUGCAUGCCCAUCGUCAACACGUAAACUAUGCACAUACCAUGGAACGUAAACAUGCUUGCAACAUGUGCGAGAAGAAAUUUAAACGUCCUCUCGAAUUGAGAGAACACUUAAGUACUCAUACCGGUGAGCCAUUGUAUACUUGUCCCCAUUGUACGCGAACAUUUAUUUCAAGUGCAAAUAUGCAUAAACAUCGUAAAGCAGCCCAUCCCAAGGAAUGGCAAGAAUCAAGAUUAAAAAAAUUAAAUGAUCAAAAAUUGAGAGAACUAACAAUUAAAGAACAUUUAAAUCGCAGUGCCACCACAAAUGAUGACGUUGCGACUGCUUUAGAAUGUUCUGAAGGAAAUGGUAUGGUGAGAUAACUAAAGGUUUGCUCUUAAGGAAAUUAGUUGUGUAUUGAUAUUGUAAAGUGUAAAUAUACUGGUACAUACAUAUGUAUGUACAUAGCUCAAUAAAUUGUUAAUAUUUUUAU